UUAACAGAGCAGAAACAAGCUUUGUGCAGCUGAAACAAGGAUAGAGUAGCAUGGGAGACUGACCAGAGGAAGACUGAAGGAUAAAUAAGUAAAAGAACGUAAUAAAAAAAACGCAAUGUUCCAGAGAGGGUGCAGAAGGUUUAUGCUAAGAAAGUAGAAUAGAGAAAGAGGAUUGAUUAAUCAUGGAUCAGAAAGUGUGAGUCAGUGAUGGAUUAAAGCCAGAAGAUAAUGAGUAAGUGUAAAAUCCCCUUUUAAGAAGAGGCAGGAAAUAGGUAAGAAUUAGUUGUUUUUCAGCUAUAACCACAGGUUGCAUAAACUGUCUCAGGCUUUACAAUGAAUUGGGUUCUGUCAUCUAACUUGACCCGCCGGGUGUAAUAGAGUUGGCCUGGUCUGCUACUACUAAAUGGAAUUUGCCUGGAGAUUGCUGAAGAAUAUCUGUGAAUAUUACAGCUGCACGUUGUAGUGGAUUGGAAGGAAUCUCAUAAUGUUGGACAUGGGAUCAGUGUUCGUUUGGGAAUGGCUGGAUGAACAAUCUCUCUGGAGACCUUACAGUCCGCAGGUGGUUCACUACAUUGAAAAUGUGAUCCGUGAAAAUCCGCGGGCUGGCUCAGUGAGUCUAGGGGAGGCAGAUGUACGGCUGACGCCAUAUAUACUGGAUCUGAUCUCCAUGAACCAGUUCCGGUUAGACUCAGGUACACUUCAUCCAGUAAGAAGAAUGAAGUUCCCACUUUCCAGUGCCCCUGGUCGUGGUGUGACAUGGGAAUGGGAGGAAAGCCCUGGAUAUUGGAUACCUUUUGAAACAAGGUUGUCAGUUCUUAUUCAACAAGCCCUUGAAAGGAAACAAUCAGGAGUGAGACUUGGAGAACCAUGCAGUGGUUCUCAUAUUUGCUUCAAGACCAUGACACAAGUAAACUUCCCAUCACAGAGAAGAAUAAGAGUUAGAUAUCGUGCUCACAAACCCUACCCUUCAGCUAAUUCAUUGCUUGGGCUACAGACUGGGCUAAAUCCAUUUUUAAAUGAACACGUGAACCACAAACCUGGAACAUUUAUUUCUAGCCCAUAUUUAGAGAAUUCAAAAACAGAACUUAUAAACAUCAACCGUGAACGUGUGACCUACAGCAAAGAGCCAGCAGACUCUGACCAUAUGUUAUUAAAUGUUAACCAUAAACUAGUGGAUAUUGAAUCUGAACCAGUAAACAAUGGUCUAUUAAAUUCUAACUAUGUUUUGACAAAUUUCAACCAUUACCUUGAAAAUUUUAACCAUGACCAAGUGAAUACCAGUUCCAGACCCAAUUUAAAUCAUUUUAAUAAUGGUUUCUCUAGUUGUAAUCCCUUUAUACAGGAGGACAAUUCUGGGCUACUGAAUUUCAGCAAUGGAAACCUUAACUGUGGACUAGUAAACACUAAGUCAGAACUAUUAAAUCCCAACACUGUCUGGGCACACAUUAAGCCUGAACUUGUUACAGAUGAUUCUAGAAGUGCUAAUCCUAGACCUGUAUUAGUUAGAUCAGAUUCAAGGCCUGAUCAAAGUAGACCAAAAAUAGUCAGGUCAGUUUCCAGACCUGAAUAUUCUGGGCAGAGAUUAAGUAGGUCUAACUCUAGACCAGGAAGCUCUAACCCAGUAUUAUUAAGGUCUGACUUUUCAACUGCUAGCCCCAAAAGUAAAAUGGUUAUGUCUACCUGUAAUCCUGAUGAUACUUUAAUCAUUGACUCCAUACAUGGAUUAGGUCAAUAUGAAGCAAGACCUGCUGAUUUCAGAUCAUUGUUAGGUGUGUCGGACUUUAAACCUGCUGACAGUAGGGCUGAUUUUAGAUCUGCCGAUUCUAAACCCAUGUUAGCCAGAUCUAAUACAAGAUCAGAUGACUUCAUGAUGGGAUCACUAUAUCAGCAUUCUGGAACAGCCCAUUCUAAGCCUGAACUUGCAAACAGACGCUUGUCUCGGUCUACCUCAGUCCAAACCCGUAACAGUACUUGUGCUUGCCCACAAUGUCUUCUGGUACAGAGUAUAAAAUCAGCCAGCUGGCCUGGGAUUAAACCAGAAAAGAUACAAACAGGGAGACUGCAAACAAGUAAUCGUCCGAGAGAAACAAGCACAUGCAAAACAAGAGUUCCACCAUUGGUUUUAAGUAACAUUGAGAGUUCGGGAGUAAUUUCUCCAGCCUUGGCAGGUAUUGGUGGUCUCCUAAUGAGUGCAGCUGGGCUUCCUGUAUGUCUCUCACUCCCUUGCUCUCCAGUAGUUCAACCACCUCCGGUUAGAAAAAGAGAUAUUCAGUCUGUACCUGGUAUCUUAGGGAACAGUCGAAAAAUCAGCAACAAAAAGGGUAAAAAGCCAGAGGAAAUUAUAAAACAGUUCAUGCAACAAGUGAAGUUGCCACCAGAGGAGGACUGUACCUUGUGUCUUAAACCUCUAACAGCUGGACUGGUGGGCAAAUUAUAUCGCUGCUCUCACAUUCAUCAUGUUCAGUGUCUCGCACCUCUCUACAAGGACGGUACUCUACGCUGUCCUUCAUGUCAGACACUGUAUGGAGUUAAGAUGGGGUCUCAACCGCCUGGCAAAAUGUCUUACCAUUUAAUUCCGCACUCUUUGCCUGGGCAUCCUAACUGCAAAACCAUCCGUAUUAUAUACCACAUUCCUCCAGGGAUACAGGUUUCUGGACAACCAAACCCAGGGAAGAAAUUUACAGCACCUGACUUUCCUCUACAUUGCUACCUCCCAAACACUGCAAAAGGCAGAGAGGUCCUUCGCCUCUUAAUUGAAAUUUGGGAACGUCGUCUUCUCUUCCCUAUCGUUCCUUCACAAGUUGCUGGAGUUCCUGACUCUGUGUCCACCUCUCGUAUUCCCCAUAAGACUGAAUUUGGUUCGAACCUGACAGGGAGGGGUUUUCCAGAUCCUAGAUAUCUGGAUAGCGUUUUACGGCAGCUCAGGGACUGGGGAAUUACAGGAGGGUGACUCAUAUAUUUUCUGCUGGGAUUACCAUGGUUACAUUAACCAAAUCUUUCUGCAAACAAUUGUUCUCUGCUUUUUAGUGCAGAAAAAAGUAUUUACACGUAUACAAAAAGGAUAUACUUUUUAUACAUUGCUAGUGAUCUUUUGCAGGCACAACUGUACAAUGGAAAGGUUUUCUUUCUGUGAAACAAUGUCAGUUAUGUCAUAUUUCAGCAAAAGGAUCAAAACUAUCUGAUGUCAUUUGCAUACUAGAAGUUUACAAUUUUAUUGCCUGCAAAUGUUUACUCCUGCUGCUUACAGCCAAUAAUCUGCCCAUCUCUAGGAGAUGAGUCAUAGUGGUUUACUUAUUUAGAACCAAAAAAAAAUAUCUACAAAUAGUAUUAUUGCAUAUAUUAUCACUUCCCCAUUUAUAAAGACAUAGCAGGUUUGAAAGAGUAAAUUAUUCUUUUAAACCGUGUUUUCCCCCAAUAAUGGAGUGGUACCUCCAGCAAGUGGAAAUAUGUCAUAUACUCGUGUUAUCCACUGGGGCAUAUAUAAAAAGGAGAUUGUGAGAGAUUUCUUGACUUUUAGAGUUUGUUAAAUAAAAUAGGUAGGUAGAGAUUUGCCUCUUUGGAGGGGCUUUUAAAUGUUUAGUGAAUGUAGGUAGAUAUGUAACAUAUGCUUUCUUAAAGGGACACUCAAUCAAAAUUAAACUUUCAUUAUUCAGAUAGAGCAUGCCAUUUUAAACAACUUUCCAAUUUACUUCCAUUAAAGGGACAGUUUACUCAAAAAAUUUCUCCCGUUUAAUUUGUUCCCAAUGAUCCACUUUACCUGCUGGAGUGUAUUAAAUUGUUUACAAGUAGCUCCUUUAACCUUAUAUUGGCAUUUGAAAUUGUUGAUUUAGCAUGUGGUAUCCCCACCUAUUCUGAAAGUUUGUGGCCGCGCGUACCAGCUAUAGAUAAGCUUUGUAAACACAGCUAGCAGAAGAAAUGACACUCCCAGUCGGAUAUAGCAGAGAUAAGGUAAUACAAUGUUGAUUUUCCAUUGUUCUCUCAAAGUACUGGUGAUUGUUUUAAGGACAGAUAUAAGAUAAAGACACAUGUAUAUGUACACAAUGUGAUACAGUAAUGAGAUCUGAUUAUACCUACAAGUUCAACCCAUUUUAUUAGGUUGUGGCUUCAAAACACAAAAUCAGAGCUUUUAUAUAUAGAAAUAAACCUUAAAAAGCUAAUUUUCAUACAUUUUUUUACUCUGCAGUUGGUAAAAAAAGCAAUUGUAAACACAUUAAGGGAAAAACUAUUUUACAGUACACUGUCCCUUUAACUAAAUGUGCACAGUCUUUUUAUAUUUAAAUUUUUUGAGUCACCAGCUCCUACUGAGCAUGUGCAAGAAUAAGAGUGUAUGCAUUUGUGAAUGGCUGCUGGCUGUCACAUGGUACGUGUAUGCAUUUGUGAAUGGCUGAUGGCUGUCACAUGGUACAGGGGGAGUGGAAAAAGACAUAACUUUUAAAAUUGCCAGAAAAAAAAUCUACUACUCAUUUGAAGUUCAGACAAAGUGAUAUUGCAUUGUCUUGUUAUCUUGCAUUUGUUGAUUAUGCAAAUCUACUGUGUUGACUGGUCCUUUAAAGGGAUAUGAAACCAACAUUUUUUCUUUUGUGAUUCAGACAGACAUACAAUUUUUUUAAAAGUUUCAAACUUACUUUUAUAAUCAAAUUUGCUUCAUUAUAUUCUUUGUUGAAGAGAUACCUAGGUAGGUAUUUGGAUUACUACGUGGUAGGAAAUAGGACUGCCAUCUAGUGCUCUAGCAAAUAGAUUACUUUCUUGCUAAACAGCUGCCAUAUAACUCCCCAGACACGUGCCCGCUCCUGUGAUUAUGUCCCUGCUUUUCAACAAAAGAUACCAAGAGAACAAAGAACAUUUGGUAAUAAGUAAAUUAAACAUUGUUUAAGAUUGCUUGCUCUAUCUGAAUCAUGAAAUAAAAUGUGGGUCUUUCAUGUUCUUUUAAAGAGCAUCCCAAUAAUUUCCAUCAUACCUAUACAGGUAUGUGAGCGACAGAGUAAAAGUCAUUCACUGUAUUCUUUUGGCAUUCAUACCAACAGUUUUGAAAAACCCUCUGAAAUUGCAGUCAACUGAAGCCACAGUUACACGCCAUGCAAAUUAUAGCAUUUAACACCCCAUGUGUGAACAAGCACUUUUUGACCAAAUAACAAAUGCGAGUGCUGGAAUUUAUUUGAACUGUUGUACAUAUUUGGGUAUUGAACUUUUUAGUCCUCUGUAAAUGCAGUCAGUUUUAUAGGUGCCAGAUGUGCAUAAUAUUACAUAUUUGUGAUAUAUAAAUGUACAAUUAAACAUCUGAACUACUGCGUAGUUAUUUGUACUGCUGUGCAGUUAUUCUUUAGAAUGCUGUUUAUUAAAGAAAUUAAAUACAUUUUCCUCCUUAAAGGGAAAUGAUACCCAAAUGUUGAAGCACAUGAAAGUGAUGCAGUAUAGCUGUAAAAAGCUGACUUAGAAAAUAUCACCUGAACAUCUCUAUGUAAAAAAGAAAGAUAUUUUACCUCAAAAUGUCCUAAGUAUUCACACCCCAUUGUAAAGGACUUUAAGCCGCAAAUCAGUCCUGGGACUUGCUAACGAAUGUGCCUCAUGCACACAUGUUAUUUCCCUAUUCAGUUUAAGCAAGUUUACUAUGAAAUCUUAUGAGAGUUAAGUAACAUCUCAUGAGAUCACAUUGAAAGAGUUCAUGACCUCAGCACUGCUGAUGCUGAUUGGCAGUAACUGAAAGAUAACGUUUUACACAGCACUUACUCUGGUGAGCUGAGGAAAUUGUAAGGUAAAAUAUCUUUCUUUUUUACAUAGAGAUGUUCAGUUGAUAUUUUCCUGUCAGCUUUUUACAGUUAUGCUGCAUCACUUUCAACUGUUUUAGCAUAUGAGUAUUAUGUCCCUUUAAACACAAACAAACAGCAUAAUCUUUUAUAAGAAAUACAAUUAUUCUGGCUCCAUUGUUAUGUAAUUUUAGUUUUUUACUGUUCUUAUAUUUUUUAAAACUCAUUAAUUUGUCUCAUAUAUUAAAACUAAAGAGUAACAUUAGAAUAUAUCAAGGUAGUUUUUUUUUUUUUCUAAAAAAAUAAAUAAAUGCAUUGAUAUGUUACAUUAAUGUAUUUAUAUUGUCUUCUUGCUAAUAGGAAAUAAUAGUCCUAUUUCAUUUCAGAGACUCGUAUUCAAAGGUUCUUAAUUGUCAAGUAUAAACAUAGACUUUAUAAAACUGCCAUUAAACUCAGUUUACUUUUAUAUAUGUGUUUUUUUUUUAUGAUUACAUUUUAUAACCAUUUUCAGGAACCCUCAAAGCAUGGGCUAGCUAGUUAUUUUAUGGAGCCCAGUCACUAAAAAUGUGCUUUGAUGUAUGGCUACAUUUUAGAACAUAAGGAUAUGAGAGAACUCCAGUUUGUGACUUUGGGUCUGAUAUUCAAAACCUCGCCGGCGUGGAGAGAAAGCACACAAAAUCUUAGUGAUUUAUAUUGUAAUGCAGGAGUCUCUGUUUCAGAUAAAGAACACUAUAUGGAAACAAACAUUUCUCAAGAUAAAAUUUUUGUUUGUAAAAAAAAUUUUUAAGGACCUCACAGUACUGAUGAGACUUCUUAGAAUAUCUCAUCUGAGCGGCAAGGUUUUGAAUAUUUUAGAACUAUAUACAUUUUUAGAGCUGUACCACAAAAAAGUAUUUUCCUACGUAUGUAAUAACACAGUAUGGAUAAUUUUGUAGUCCACUUAAAACCAAAUAAAAUACUAUGUAUAACAAAUACA